AACUAGAAGAUCUUGCAUCUAAAGCUAAAGUUGCUUUUGGACAGCCUAUGGACUUGCAUUACAGCAAUAAUGAGCUGGUGAUUCCGUUAACCACACAGGAUGAUUUGGACAAAGCUGUCGAACUGCUAGAUCGUAGUGUUCACAUGAAGAGCCUCAAGAUAUUGCUUGUAAUACAUGGAAAUUCACAGGUUCCUGUCCUAAGUAACAUGGAACCAUUGCCAUCACUGGAAGAUUUGGAUAAUACAGUGUUUGGAGUGGCAGAGAGGAAAAACAGGCUGUCUGUAAUAGGUUCUAAUACACGUGAUAGAAGUUCACCUCCCCCGGGAUACAUUCCAGAUGAGCUGCACCAGGUGGUACGAAAUGGAUCAUUCACUAGUAUCAAUAGUGAAGGCGAGUUCAUUCCAGAAAGCAUGGAUCAAAUGCUGGAUCCAUUGUCCUUGAGCAGUCCUGAAAACUCUGGCUCAGGAAGCUGUCCCUCACUUGACAGCCCUUUAGAUGGAGAUAGCUACCCCAAAUCUCGGAUGCCACGAGCACAGAGCUAUCCAGAUAACCACCAGGAGUUUUCAGACUAUGAUAUCCCAAUAUUUGAGAAAUUUGGAAAAGGCGGGACUUAUCCCCGAAGGUAUCAUAUUUCAUAUCAUCACCAAGAUUACAAUGAUGGUCGUAAAACCUUUCCAAGGGCCAGAAGGACCCAGGGGAACAGCUUCCGGUCUCCAGUCAGUUUCAGCCCCACCGAUCACUCCCUGAGUACAAGCAGUGGGAGUAGCACCUUUACUCCAGAGUAUGAGGAGAACCGAAUGAGAAGAAGGGGAAGUGACAUAGACAAUCCUACCCUGUCAGUAAUGGACAUCAGCCCACCUAGCCGCUCACCACGAGCACCAACUAACUGGAGACUUGGCAAGCUGCUGGGUCAGGGUGCUUUUGGCAGAGUAUAUCUAUGUUAUGACGCUGACACCGGAAGAGAAUUGGCUGUUAAACAAGUUCAAUUUGACCCUGACAGUCCAGAGACGAGCAAGGAGGUAAAUGCACUUGAAUGUGAGAUUCAGCUGUUGAAAAACCUGCUGCAUGAAAGAAUUGUUCAGUAUUAUGGCUGCUUGAGGGAUCCCUCUGAAAGAACACUCUCUAUAUUCAUGGAAUACAUGCCAGGGGGUUCCAUUAAGGACCAGUUAAAAGCAUAUGGAGCACUCACAGAGAAUGUGACCCGAAAAUACACACGGCAGAUUUUGGAGGGAGUUUACUAUUUGCACAGUAAUAUGAUUGUACAUAGAGAUAUUAAAGGAGCAAAUAUUCUGCGGGAUUCAGCAGGCAAUGUGAAGCUAGGUGAUUUCGGUGCCAGCAAGCGACUUCAGACUAUCUGUCUCUCUGGCACGGGAAUGAAAUCUGUCAUGGGGACUCCAUAUUGGAUGAGUCCCGAAGUUAUCAGUGGAGAAGGGUAUGGGAGAAAAGCAGAUAUCUGGAGCGUAGGUUGUACGGUGGUGGAAAUGCUCACUGAGAAACCCCCUUGGGCAGAGUAUGAAGCAAUGGCUGCCAUCUUUAAAAUUGCCACCCAGCCAACCAAUCCACAGCUGCCACCUCAUGUCUCGGACCAUAGUCGGGAUUUCCUUAAGCGGAUUUUUAUCGAGGCCAAGUUGCGACCAUCUGCAGAUGAACUGCUAAGACACACAUUUGCACAUUAUCACUAACAGCCUGCCUCAACUCAGCUUGCAUCUACUGCAUUUAUUUUCUAUUUGACUGCACUUUUAUUUUUAUUUUUUUACAAAAAGAGAAAAAAGACAAGAGAGAAAACAUAUUUCUCUUGAUUCUUUGUUUCACUUAGAUUAUAAGCAAGAAUCUAAAUUUUUGUAUUUAGAAUGAGGGUCUCUUCUCCUCUCCCCCACCCCCCAACAGGACCUAGAACCUUUUGUUUCUGUAAUGUACUGAUGUGGUUCACAAAGAUAAAGCACUUUAGUACAUAUUCAUUCCUUAACUAAGGGGAAAACAGACAUAUGACUUGGACUGUCAAGAACUGUAACUUUUUCUAACACCGCUGACUGUCUCAGGAUGCAGGGAAAAAUACAUCAGCAGCUAGCAUGCAGGGAGAAGAAAAUCAUUAUCUGUGAUUUGUUCUUUGUACUGUAGGUAGUUGCUGCUGAGGGUUUUAAGUUAUAUUUUAGCUUGUUAAUCAGUUUCUGAAUAUCACACUUGAGGCAUGAACCCACAGUUCUGGAAAUUAAUUAGAAAGCUCAAAGAACUUAGAACCCUCAGUAGAGAGUGCUCUGCAUAAUAGAGCACCUGCCUGACACUUCCUUUGUGACCAAAAGAAAAUAAGGCAGGAACAUAACUCUAAAUCAGUAGUUGGUGGGAGCUGUUAUAAAGUUAUUUUAUUACCUUCAUAGAACAAGAAUUACAGGUAAAUCAAAGAUUAUAGAUCCAAACUCCUAGAGACUGCAAAGCUCAGGGGGUA